UUUUUUUUGGUUUAAGCUCAAUAGUUUUAAAUUUUAUUAGUGCCGCGAGAUGCCACAAAAUACUAGACACAAAAAAAACAAACACCAAAAACAUAAGAAAUUGGUUUCCAGUUCAACUACUCCUGAGGAAGAACCCGAAAAUGACUUACCGUACAAAGUUGAAAUAUCAGAAGUUAUGGGGCGUUACUUGGUUGCCAGUAGAAACCUGGAAGCGGGUGAACCCAUAAUCGAAGAGCUACCACUAGCCAUUGGUCCAUCAGCAAACAGCGAAGCAGUGUGCCUGGGUUGUUACAUACCAGUCAAAUUAACUCUUUCCCAAUAUAAAUGUUCCGAGUGCAAAUGGCCCCUUUGCUCGCCUGAAUGUCGAGGCAUUGGCCAAGUGACAGGUCACACGUCCUAUGAAUGUAAAUUUUUAAAAGAAAAAAACUCAGCUGUAGAUCUUCUGGCUACUGCAAGUCUGACAACAAUCAAAAGCCUCUACGAACUUAUCCUCCCAAUAAGAAUUCUUUUAAUGAAAACCCACCGUCCAGACGACUACAAUGUGAUACUCUCAAUGGAAGCUCAUCUUAAAUUACGACGCCUUAACAAUGUCCUUUGGGAACAUUAUCAAAAGACAAUUGUUAACAAGCUUCGUGAUGACUGGAAUACAAAAGAUUAUUCUGAGGAAGAUAUUCAUACGAUUUGCGGUAUUAUUGAUGUCAAUUGUUUUGAAAUCGGUCAGAACUCAGCAAAAGCAAGGGCCAUAUUUCCUAGUGCAUUUCUGCUUUCUCACGAUUGUGUUCCAAAUACUGCACACACCGAUCAUCCGAAAACAUUUUCAAUUCUAUUACGUACCUCUAGAAAAAUCAAAAAAGGAGAAUCCAUUACAUUAAGUUACGCUUACACUUUGCAGGGAACUUUUAAACGACGAGACUUCAUGCACGCUGGGAAACUAUUCUGGUGUCAAUGUAAAAGGUGUUCCGAUCCAACAGAGCUCAAAACAGAUUGCAGUACAUUAGUUUGCCCUGAGUGUUCCAAAGGUUCAGUCAGAUCAAGUAACCCUCUUGAUCAGGAGGCUGAUUGGAAAUGUGAUCGAUGUUCUUACAAACUUUGCGCUAAAUCAUUGGAAAAUCUUUUGGAUAAAUUAAACAACGAACUGGAAUCUAUUGAUCCCCAUGAUGUAAACGGACUUGAAGGCUUCUUAAAGAAAUACCAGAACAUUCUUCGUCCAAACCAUUAUCUAUUACUUUCGGCCAAAUACUCACUGUGUCAGGUUUAUGGACGCACCGAUGGUUAUCUUAUUCAUGAAAUGUCUUUGGAAGACAUCAAGAGAAAGGAGAAAUAUUGUCGUGAUUUUCUGUCAGUGAUUGAUGUUCUUGAACCGGGACUGACACGUCUCCGAGGACUCAUCAUGUACGAGUUGCAUGCACCAAUCAUGGUUCUAUCCACAAGGUUUAUUCAAAACAAAUUAAUCACUCGUAAUGAAUUUCAAAGGAAUCUGAAGGAGGUUGCUAGACUGUUGAAGGAGAGUCGAGAUAUGUUGAAGAUGGAACCGGAGGGAUCAAAUGAAUACAUGAUGGGACAAGCAGCUGAGGAAGCUCUGCAGGGGAUGGGGAUGGUUUGAAGAUUUAUUUUUUGUUUCCUUUAAAUAAAGUGUUGAAUUUAUUAUCGUACUUGAAAUUGCGAUAAAAGUAUUCGUUGAAUAAAUAACUAAUAAAAUGAAGACAUUUAC